AUGCAUUUGAGUCCUUCCACCCAAAAACGAGACUCUCCAAAUGAAAUUCUCAGAGCAAGAAUGGAAAAGAAACCGAGUGGUAGAUUUACCUUUCUUAAAACACAAUAGGAAGACCCUCAAUAAUAAUAAGUAUAAAAUAACCGAGAUCGUAUCAAAAAUAAUUUAAGAGGUAUUGCAUUUAAAUAGCAUGUAGGUUAGAUAUUGCACAUUUUAAAUAAACCUCUGCCUAUUACUAAGGAUCAAAUAGAAGAAUUGCAAGAUUUAGGCAAAAAAUUAGAUAUAGAAAUAAACUCAAUUGAUUCUGAAUUCAUCUGUCCAAAUACUAAAGAAUUUCACUAGAAUUAUGACAUGUUAGAAGUAUUGGGAGAAGGGUGUUUAGGAUUGGUUAAAAAGAUUAUUCAUAAGACUACUUAAAAUCUGUAUGCCGUGAAGAUUGUUUAGACUCAGGAUGAUGAAAUAAUUAGAAAUUUUUAAAGACUAAUUAAGUUGUCACAUGAAAACAUCGUUAAAGUGCAUAAAUUAUAUGUUGAUUUUGAUAAUAGCUUUCAAUCUGAAAGUAAAGCCUAUGUAGUAAUGGAACUGAUUGAAGGAUAGGAAAUGUUUGAAGUUUUAAAUUCUUUGGGUCAUUAUUGUGAAGAGGAUGCUAAAGAAAUCUUUAAAUAGUUGUUAAGUGCAAUUGAAUAUAUGCAUAGAAAUGGUAUUUGUCAUAGAGAUCUUAAACCAAACAAUAUUCUUUGUGUAAAUAGUACUAAUCAUUUUUUAAUCAAAGUGACAGACUUUAAUGUUAGCAAAUUCAACAGAGAGAAAAUUGAAAUGUGGACAUAUACUGGAACAGUGGCAUUUUCUGCUCCUGAAAUCUUCACAGGAGAAGGAUACAAUUAGAUGGUUGAUAUGUGGAGUGCAGGUUGCAUUUUAUAUUCCAUGUUGUCAGGAUAAUUGCCAUUCAAUGCAGAUUAUCUCAAUGACUUAAUUGAUAACAUAAAAGAAGCUAAGAUAAGUUUCCCAGUUGAGUUAUUUGAAGGAGUAUCAGAUGAAGCCAGAGAUCUCAUUACCCAAUUAUUGUAAAAAGAUUGGGCUUUGAGACCUCAUCCUGAUACAGCUUUGAAACAUGGAUGGUUUAGUGAAGAUUAAAAGCUAUUAGAAAGUCAGAGGAGUCUUUUGAAAAGAUUAAAUCAUCGAAAGAAUGAUCCCAGAUUAAUUCUGAAAUAGAGACACAAUAAACGAUAAUAAUCAAUUUUGUUAGGUUCAUAAUAAUUGAUAAUCAAUCUACAUUCUAUGGAAUUACAGCCAGAAGCUCGCUUGUAAGAAACUUAACAAUAAAUAUCAAAUAUGUGUUCUAUGAGAUUGGAAUCAUGUCCAAAAAAAAGUCAGUUCAGUUUCACUACUUAUAAGGUACCUGAAGAUGAACUCAGUAUUUAUUAAUAUUUGCCUCCACCUUCACCAGAUAAAGAAAACGAAAUUGAGAAAGUAGGAUUUUUUGAAUCUGAAAUGAUGGAUCCCCUUAUGCAAAGUUCAGGUAGACUGUUUGGAGAUGAAAAAAUGAAAAAUCUUAAAGAUAAUUCUGAUUAAGCUUCUUGA